AUGCCAAACCGACAUUCCACCGUGCCCAACCUCGACUUGAGCUCCUUCAAGACAGAGCGAAAGAAUGAGAAGAUCUCUUCGCCUCUCACACCCGGUGACCAGAGCUCAGAUGGACUGAGUCCGGUGACACCCCGUUCGCCCAAGUCAGCAUCGAGUUCACCGUUAUUUAAAGGUGCCACGAUUCGCCCUGUGACGCAAGAUUCAGGCAAGGCAACCAGCCCUACGCUGUCCGUUUCCCCGGGCACAGCCCCCGCCGAGCCUACAACACCUGGUCUGACGGCCAUUCCUCAAUAUUUCCCCUCUCCCAAAGACUCGAAACAUUCGCGCGAUGCAUCGAAAUCUUUCUUCGGCAACCUCAAAGCACCGAAAUCGUCACACAGGGCGCAACGGUCUGACAGCUCUGAGAACUCGAACUCGACUGAGCACCCUAAAAGCAGAGGAAGUUCCAGAGAUCGCAAGACGCAGGUGACUGCGAAGUCAUACGAGUCAACGCCGGAUCUCCCAGGCACACUGGCUCGUGCGAAUGGCACAGAAAAGACAAGUAAGGUCCCCUGCACGCGUUUACGGAGAUCAUUGACCAACCAUGCUCUACUAGACGGGCCAUCUACAACCAAGAGUUCACAACCAACAGAGAUGAAGAAGCCUGGUACAGAUUUGGAGUCGGGCGCACCGAAGAAGCAAAAGCAGCGCUUCGCGAACCUUUUGACCCGCUCUCGCUCUAUUCGAGUUGACGAGUCCGCUGGAAACAGAGCGCCUGGUCGACGCCCGUCAACGGGAUUGGCCAAGCUGGAAGAGUUCAACCAAAACGAGACGGCAAACCCACCCCGCACAGCUACUGCACGCAUUGAACGACCCAGUCGAGGAGGUCUGCAACCGCCUGAGCGCCAGGCAGACAUGAUCUCUUUGCGCAAGGAGAGGAGUCACGGGAACAUGGUUGCCUCUGGCUCGUUGAGCCAAGUCUCUGGCGCCUCGGCGACUCUCUUCAGUAACCUCAAGCAGACUUCCAGUGGGGCAGCAGAUCGUAUUGGGAAAGCAGGAAAGGGUUUCUUUGGCAAGAUUACUCGCAGUGGUAGCACCAACGAGCGCGAAAUGAUCACCGACGAUGCAUACAUAUGCUCAGCCAUCAACCUUCCACUCAUUGAGCAGGCGAGAAAGACUCGCAUUGCCAAGAAGCUUGAGGACUGCCGGGACAAGACUGAAUUCUGGAUGCCCGCCUUGCCGUAUCGCUCUAUCGAUUAUCUGAAUUUCAAGGGGUGCGAAGAAGAGGGACUUUACCGUGUUCCUGGCAGCGGCAGAGAAGUGAAGCAUUGGCAACGUCGUUUCGAUACAGAAUUCGACAUUGACCUUUUCGAAGUACCUGACCUUUACGACAUCAAUACUAUUGGAUCACUCUUCAAGGCUUGGCUUCGUGAACUGCCAGAUGAACUCCUCCCCAAGUCGACACAAGCUAUGAUCGCCCAAAAGUGCGAAGGCGCUACAACUGCACCGCAGCUAUUGAAAGACGAACUUUCCAAACUCCCACCCUACCACUACUACCUUCUUUUCGCUAUAACCUGUCAUCUCAACCUUCUCCACUCUUAUGUUGAACAGAACAAGAUGGACUACCGCAAUCUAUGCAUCUGUUUCCAGCCCUGCAUGAAAAUCGAUGCAUUCUGCUUCCAAUUCUUGGUCUGUGACUGGAAGAACUGCUGGCAAGGAUGCUGGACCGAAAAGGAGUAUCUUGAGAAAGAAAAACUGAUGGACGAGCGGGAACAGCGUGCAUCAGAGGAGCAGGAAGCUGCCCAGGCCAAAGCGGAGGUCAUCUCCAACAUCAGCCAUGAGCGGGCCAUCUCAUCCUCCAGCAGCGCUGGAGAUGAGCCACCUCGUCCGCCAACGUCUCGAAGCCGAAAGUCUCGACCAAAGGACAUUCAGACAUCGCACACACGCAGCGUAUCCCAGCUCCCCGAACUCGGUCCUCCACUCUCUCCCAUCAAAAUCUAA